UUUGCUUAAAAUAAUGACGGAUAAAGAAUGUGCGGGUUGCUUCACUGCGUUACCAAAGCGAGAGUUUCUGAAUUGUUUGAAGUGUAAACAAAAAUACGAUCUUAAGUGCGCAGGAUUAUCGAAAAAACAAUUUAACGCAAUGGAGCAGGCGCAUAAAAAUACUUGGAAAUGUUCUGGGUGCAUUGAUGACACACAACAGCUAAACCUCUCUUCUAACUCAGACCUGUCAGAUUCUUCGACUGAUAGUAUAGUCUCUAAUACAACCUUACGAGCUAGAUCACCGUCAUCGGGCCGCCAAAACUAUGUGACCAUAGCAAGACUAUGCGAAAUACUACAACGCGUUAUGUCGACGGCAAUGAACACAACUAUAAGCCGACUUGUGACGUCUGAGCUCAAAAGCAUCAAUGAAAAGGUAUCUAGCUUUCAAGAAGCUCUGAAUUUUUUUAACGCACAAUUCGAAAGCAUGAAGAUCAGCUUAGAACAUUCAACCUCUACUAUUGCGAACCUAACAAAGGACAAUGAACAUCUUAAAACUACUGUCAAGGAACUCACCUCGCGAUUGAACACCGUGGAGUUGCAUAUGCGGGAAUCGAACCUGGAAAUUAAUGGUAUACCAGAACACCGGUCAGAAAAUCUAUAUGACACCGCCAUCCAGCUGGCCAAAGCAGUCGAUAGUCCCUUGCAGAAAGAAGAUAUCCAACACGUCACUAGAGUAGCUAAACUUUCAAACGAAAACAAUAGACCUAGAUCAGUUAUCGUCAAAUUACAUAGCCCAAGAGUCCGCGACACUGUCCUAGCAGCAGUCACAAAAUUCAAUAAGAGUAAUCCCCAAAAUAAACUGAAUUCUCACCACCUGGGAAUCGGCGGCACUCAGUCGCCAGUAUUUGUCUCGGAGCAUCUGAUACCAGCCGGAAAAUAUCUGCACGCUGCUACUCGUAAAAAAGUAAAGGAGAUCGGGUACAAAUUUGUUUGGGUUCGUAACGGACGUGUUUUUAAUUCGUAA